CGUAUAGGUCCAUCUCGAUUUUUGCUCAGUCCUCUCGCUCGUUUAUUUAACUUUUGCUCAGUCUUCCCACCAGACCACCGCCCACUCCCAGGUUCCACCAGCACUUUCUUUUUCUUUUUUAUUUUGUUUUUUUGUGCGAUUUCCUUGUCUAUUCUAUUGUACGCUGUUUCCUCGUGAGUAUUACUAGUAUUUAAUCCACACACAAUAAAGUGAUCAUAGAUGUGGCAAUGACGAUGGCUAGGGCGAAUGCAUUUAGGGGGACCUAUGUUACAUAUCCAACCUAAAUUCCACUUGUGAUUCGGACUCGAGGUUCGGGACAAAUUCUCAAGACACCUUUCUGACUACGGAAUACACUUUGUAGGUUAUAAAUAAAUCUCAGGGUUGACGAACUCACAAAGAGUCUUGUUCGAGUUUUUCUUAUUCUAGUUAGUUGGCGAUUGGUAUGGAUCCGAGUUUUCUUGGGAUUCCGGCUUCUGCAACAGGGAUUCGAUUGAGGAAUCAAAACCUGUCCACCUUUGGGGACUUGAAUCCAAAUGGACCCGCAUUUGAGACUCUUUAUCUGGACCAGAAACGGGCGAAUCACGGCCUUACAACUAAAAAUGCCCCUCUCCAAUACAACUUUGAUGGAGGAGUUGAAUUCCUUCCCAGCGAUCCCUCCCCGAGUAACUUAACCUCAACUUCCAGUCUGGGUGUUGAGGAUGAUUUCAGUGAAGACCUUGAUUUUUCCGAUGCAGUUCUGCGGUACAUAAACCAGAUGCUUAUGGAAGAAGAUAUGGAGGAUAAGGCGUAUAUGCUUCAAGAAUCGUUGGAUCUCCAAGCAAAAGAAAAGUCUUUUUAUGAGGCCCUUGGCAAGAAGUACCCUCCUUCCCCUGAGCCGCAUCCUACUUUUAUCUUCCAAAAUGGUGCUAGCCCUGAUGAAUGCUUUUCUGGGGAUCAGUGUAACCUGACAAGUACAAGCAGCAAUCCUGGAAGUUACAUAGCAGAACCUAGUUCCCUGAACAACCUUGCUCAUUACGACACUACCUCUCUUGUUCACUGUCUCCAUGCUCAUCGUGCUCCAAGCUCAUCACUUAGCUCAUCAACGGUGAAUAGCUUCCUGGACUCUCCGUCUAGUCCUCCUUAUGGGAGCCAUUCUGUUUGGAAUUUCAAGAAGGGUGUUGAAGAAGCUAGCAAGUUUCUUCCAGAUGGCAAUAAGUUGUUAAACUUCAGCAUCAACGGGUUGUUUCCCGUGGAGCUGGCGGAAGAAAUUGAGGAGCCAAUACUUAAGGAGGAGGGAAGAGAUGAAGUGAACUUCCUACCAACUGGGUCAAGGGGGAGGAAGAACCCUCAUGGCGGGGAUACAGAUUUAGAGGAGAGGAGUAGCAAGCUGGCAGCAGUUUUCACUGAAUCAACUGUGCGAUCAGAGGAGUUUGAUGUAGUCUUGCUUCAUAGCAUGGGAGAGGGUCAGGCUGCGCUGGCAGCUUAUCGAGCAAACUUGAGGACUGCCAAGAGCAAAGUUAUGCUUCAGAAUGGGCAACCGAAACUGAAGGGAUCUAGUGGGGGAAAGGGUCGUAGAAAGAAACAAAAUGGGAAGAAGGAGGUGAUAGAUUUAAGAACCCUCAUGAUUCAUUGUGCACAGGCUGUUGCUGCUGAUGACCAUAGGAGUGCAAAUGAGCUGCUCAAACAGAUCAAGCAGCAUGCUUCUCCUUUUGGUGAUGGGAAUCAAAGGUUAGCUCAUUGCUUUGCCGAAGGUCUUGAGGCACGGAUAGCUGGCACUGGUAGCCAGAUAUAUAAGGCCCUUGUGAAUAAAAGGACAUCUGCUGCUGAUUUCUUAAAAGCUUUUCAUCUAUAUCUAGCAUCAUGCCCAUUCAGGAAGAUCUCAAAUUUUGCUUCAAACAAAACAAUCAUGAUCCAAUCGAAAAAUGCCGUGAGGGUUCAUGUCAUAGAUUUUGGUAUCCUGUACGGUUUCCAGUGGCCCACCUUUAUUCAACGUAUUGCAGGAAGAGAGGGUGGCCCUCCGAAGGUUCGGAUUACAGGCAUAGAGUUUCCUCAACCUGGAUUCCGACCAGCAGAGCGCAUUCAGGAGACAGGUCAUCGUUUGGCAGAAUAUGCUAAGAUGUUUAAGGUGCCAUUCGAAUACAAUGCACUAGCUAAGAAAUGGGAAACAAUCAAACUUGAGGAUCUUAAGAUUGAAGAGGGUGAAUUUGUUGUGGUGAAUUGUAUAUACCGAUCUAAGAACUUAUUUGAUGAGACUGUGGCUGUAGAGAGUUCAAGAACUAUCGUUCUCAAGCUGAUAAGAAGCAUUAAUCCAGAUAUCUUCAUCCAUGGGAUUGUGAAUGGAGCCUACAGUGCUCCCUUUUUUGUCACCCGCUUCCGAGAGGCUCUCUUCCACUUUUCAGCUCUUUUUGAUAUGCUUGAAACUAUUGUACCAAGGGAGAUUCCAGAAAGAACAUUAAUUGAGAAAGAAAUUUUUGGGAGAGAAGCUCUGAAUGUCAUAGCUUGCGAAGGUUGGGAGAGAGUUGAGAGGCCAGAAACAUAUAAGCAGUGGCAAGUCCGUAAUCUAAGGGCAGGCUUCAGGCGAAUCCCUCUAGAUCGGGAAAUCAUGAAAAAGGCAAUAGAAAAGGUGACGUCAAGUUACCACAAAGAUUUUGUCAUUGAUGAAGACAGUCAGUGGUUGCUGCUGGGAUGGAAAGGGCGAAUAAUUUAUUCCCUAUCUUGCUGGACACCUACUUAGAAAUCCCAGAAGUCCUGCACUUCUGGGAUUUGAACCCACCCUUCUGCAUGUAUUUAGUGCCAGUUCAAGUUUACGAGGUAAUGUAGUCAUUAACUCCUCAGUAUGCAGUUCAUCUCUAAUUAUUUCAUCCUGUUUCCUUUGCAUUACUACUUCCAAAAGACUGUUAUAUUGGUCGUACAGGGGACUGAUUGCCGAUUUUGAUUGUUAGUAGCUUAUGAAAGAGGCAAUCUUAUUCUGUCUAUUCCAAAUUUUUAGUGAAUAACUGGCCUAGGAGUGUCUUCCCAUGAAUCAUGAGGCCCUCACUCUUCUCAAAAUCCAGAAUGAGCUUUGGGGCAUAUACGGUUUAGUUGCCAACAACACAUCAGCAACGUGGUUUAUUCCCUUCUUACAUUGUUGAGAUUCAGCUUUUAGAAUUAGCGAAUAGCUCUCUCAGAGAUUUAUGCGCACGAGAAUCAGACACAAAUUUUUAUAUCCACUGUUUUCAGUUCGUCUAAUUUUCAAAGCAGUCUAUUCAAAUUAUUCAUGCAUACAAAUGUUUAGAUCUCUAUUUAAGCUUUACCAUGUAGCUAAGAUGUUCUUUUUUUCCUUCCUUUUUGGCAUAUCUUAGUUAAUAUGUUAUUCUUUUCUCUGCUGUUUCUGUAGCUAUACCCAUUUGUUGUAUUCUAUGUUUUCCCCUGCCUGCUCUAAGAGAUUUUUUUUUAAUGGUGAAAUUCUUGUAUGGCUUGUUUGCUUUGUUAGGAAGGAUAAUUUCUGCACAUCAACCGAUGAUCUUAGUUAAGCAAACUUGGCUCUGUAGAUUCAAAAUAUUACUGAUAUUCCAUGAUUCUCUACUUCACCACCUGAAAUGCCAAUGCUAGCCUUCAUGUUGAUAGAGUCAUUCGAGUUUUGAUACGAAGUACCCAGAAUACCUUUUUGUUUAGUUACAUUCACAUCAUAUUUACCCCAGAAUUAUCUAAAUUAUGUUGUAUAAAUAUAAUGGACCUUUGCUUGAAAACAUUCAGAUGCUUUGUGGCUCUCUUUUCUUGCUAUUAUUCGAACUUCUUUUUCCAAGGGUGCUUGUGACACAAUAUCAACUGGACUUAUGUUCUCUGAAGAGGGCAGUGGAGAUGCUAAAGCAGUAGUCAAGAGAAGAAGAUAGAAGCAGGGGGUACUUUUGUCCUUUUCCAACCUCUUCCCUCCCACACUUUUUUAAUAAGCUUUCCCGAGAUGUUUCUCAGUGUUUCAUUUGCUUAUCUGUGUUUGGUUGAAACCUGGUUUACAAGAUUAUGUUCAGAGCAAGAAACUUAAGAUGUUACUAUUUGCAAAAAUACAUGUUGAGGGUCCUUGUUCAGUAUAAAUAAGGAAGUACAGACUGGUAUAAUUGGCUAAAAAUGACUAUGACGAGUUAGCUGAUGUUGUGCGUUUAUGGUAUUGAUCCACAAAUGACCAUUAUUUGUUUCCACAUGUCCUGUCAUCGAAACUUUGCAUGUCAAACAAAACUGAUUAUAAGACUUGGCAAAAGAAUAUAAGACUGUCAAGGCUGGUUUAAUUUUGUGAAGUAUCUUCUGGAGCACUUGCUCUCCUUUUUUGGUACUCUUUGCACACUGAUGUGCCAAAAAAAAAUGCUAGUUUAUCUGCUUGCACUAAACUUUGCAGCUUCCAGGUUUACAUCAUUAUGAAAGUGUUUAGAGCACUUUAAAUACAUUUCAUUGUAAAACUUGUAAAAGUGUUGACCCUGGUGCAUCUUGCACCAAGCUUGAUUAGUUUUAUUCUUCUUUUCCUUCUCCUUCUUUGGCUUCUCAUGCUUCAUUUUCUGAGAAGUAUAGUUUCAUGUGGGGGCAAUUCUUCCUUUAAAAACUUUGUAUAUAACAACGAAAUUCACAUAACAAGUAAUAGUACUACAACUAUUUCAUGUAUAAUAGAACCGGAAAUAACAUACUCAAAUUCACCAAUACAAGAAUCAUUUUCUUUCAAAAAGCAUACAGAACAUUUCAAUUUCCCUUGUCCCUGCGACUUUUUGUGAUAGUUAGGAUUACAUUUUUUGUUUUUGUUUUAUUAGGAUAUGUCACCUCUGAUUUACUAGGCAGUACUAAUCAUUUUCUAGGCAUAUUGAAGUAAUGUACUUUUUGUUAUAUUGAAAAAAGCCCAAACAACUCCUUUAGCAUAGGAGUAGUAAAAUAUAAUGAGUUCCAAGGGAAUUAAAGACUAAAGUAAAAGGCAUAUGGUUUCUGAUUAUUUUGUACUCCAUUUCCAUCAAAUUAUAAAGUAAGUUGUGUAUAUUUACAUUUCUUAAAAUUUAGUGGGCAGAGUUGAAAAUUUUGGAAAUUGCUGGAGACUUGUCCAGUUUUUCAAAAUUAUGUGGAUCUGCCCUUGGUUCUAGGGUUUAUCUGGCAUCAGAAUGACCAAAUCUGUAUGAUCCUGUUUAUCGAUUUAUAACAUCAGUAUCUAUUGACAACAAUUCCUCAAUGUCUACCAGCUAGUGGUACAUGAUGUUAAACAUUUAUUGGGACAAGUUUUCUACCAAGUUAUGUGGUUACAUCUUUCUUUGUAUGUCCUUUGUCCAGGGCAUGUCUGAUGAUCCUCAAAAGAGAUAGUACGGAACUUAACUUGGUUCCAGCAUUUACAGAGUAUAUACUUGGGCGAACCUUGACUAAUGGAUAGCCCCACCUGGUGAGAUGAUCUUGACAAACUCGACCGUUGGGGACGACACUUUGUUGUACAUUCAACGCUCUUGUUGGUUCAGGUUUUCAGCUUGUUACUCAGUCCAGGUCAACGGGGAGCGCUGAAAAAUUUGUGUAUUGAGUGCUGACGAAGAGCCUAAGUUGCUAAUGGCUGGAAGAUGGAAUCAGUUUGCAAUUAUUCAGUCUUGCUAUUUGUUAGACGAACCAGUUCAGCGCAAAAAACUGAAAGAUGAUUUAAUGUAAUGCAUGAUUCCUUUAUAUUCGUAUGACACUUUGUCAAAUUUGCAUAUAUGAUUUAUUGUGAAACCUGAUUGCCCUGGCUACUUUUCCGCCAGGAAAUGUUUUAACUGGGAUGAUACUCAAUUUGUUUACGAUUUUCAUUCC